UGCCCUCACCCACUUUCUUCCUCACUCUUAUUUUGAACUAUUUGUUCUUAUCACUCUUCUCUCCUCCGCUUUUGUCUUCCUCCACUUUUCCAUCGCAAAUGCUUUGCAAAAAACUAUCAAUAGCAGAUAUGCCAGAUUUAGUCUGUGAAAAUAUUUUCAGACAGCUUGACUUCAGAUCUCUAUCAACAAUUCCUCAUCUCUGCAAGCGAUUUCAAAAUGUUUUUAGCGCUUUACAGCUAGAAAUUCACCUUGAAAGCAUAACAAUAACCAUAGGAUCUUAUUGCAUUAAUAUCUACAUGGAUCCUUAUAAUGAUUGGACGAUGGAUAUUGAAUAUCAUCAGAAAGAUAAUGGAUGUUUAGUCAGAAGUGGUAAUUCUGAAAAGUUUCUUGAAGAUGAGAACUCUACCAGAUUAUUUUGCGACGACUUUGGGAGAAAUGUAAGAAAUCAGAAGAAACCACUAAAGAUGCUACGUUUGAACUUGGAAAAUGAAUUUGAAAACGAGAAUGAUAAUGCAAAGCUUCUAGGUUCCCUCCAAUCUACACUUAUUUCAAGGAAGCCUCUAUUGAAAGUUGAUGAGCUCUCCAUAAGUUCAACCUCAAUUUCUUCAAUUUUACCUUGCAUAGACUCAAAAUCGCUGAAAAAACUUGCAAUCGAAGGAUCGAGUGAUCAAAUUCAAGAUGAGAUAACGAAUAUUGAUGAAAUUGUGCAGUUGGAGCAAUGGGCAAACUUAGAGGAACUUGUGGCGAGGGAUUUUUUCUUGAGGAUACCAGUAAAAUUUUUGAGACAUUUUUCGAAAAUUGAUGUAUCGUUAAAAUCGAUUUCAGCAAUGGAUUUAUGUGAUUUGAAAAAUGCUAUCCUAAAGUCUCCAUCUUUUGUGAGAUUCAAUAUUCACUACAAAUACUUUAAAGAAGAACCUUCACUCUAUGAUAUCCUUGGUCCAACUUGUGAUAAUUACAACGAAAUGUGGAUUUUUGAAAUACCUAAAACUGAUAAAUCAAUUUUACUUGUUCAUUAUGCAAGCAGAACAUUUCGAUUUUCCAAAAUCUUGUCAUCAAGUGUUGAAAUUUGUCAAAAUAAAUAUUGAAACUGUGAUU